CAGUCAAGUGUGAGUGCCAUGAUGUGGCGCUGGAUAUGUAUGGGCUAACGAUAACGCUGGGCACGCGCUAUAAGCCUACUGAAGAAGAUGCGCAAUGACAGUCGCCUUCAUGGCGAGGCGCUAAGAGAAGGCAUCACUCAAGUCUAUGGCAGCUACAAGGAGCUCUCAGUGGAGGCAGAGCUGCAUAUUUAUGAUGAGCUGCGUCUGCAGCCUGAAAUGGUAAUGCUGACCUAUGAUCGCCAUACAUUAAAGACACAGAAAUUGCAUUUCCAUGCAAAAGGCGGUGAUGGCAACUAUGCCUGGUUCUCUGACAAUCCACAAGUGCUGCAAAUAGAUGGUCAAGGCUUGGGUACAGCAGAGAUACGUGACAUACAUUUGACUGGUGGUGCAAGCGCGAAAGAGCUCUACGAGGCAGGCUCAUUGCUGGCAGCGCAUUCCACAGUGCGUGUAGCUCUAAACAAGAAUCUAAAGGUUGCAAGACAGAUUUAUUUUUUGAAGCCGCACAAGUUGGAGAUCAAACGCUAUAGUUUUGAAAUUGUAUUUAAGCUGUCUAUACGCAUGUUAAUGGGAUUUCCAACUGAACUUUGAGCAGCAAAUACAGCAGCUGGAGAACAAUGCUGCGGAGAAUAGCGACCACUGCUCCAACUUCCAAGGCAAACUGCUGCAUGUGUUUGAUCCGUUGAGCGUGUUUAACCCGCAAACGCAGUGGAGCUGUCGUCCAUGAUUCUAGGCACUCUGAACAAUAAGCGCAUUAGCCUUAAUGUGUUUACUACAGCGUAUGCGACUUGAUCUUAGUUUAAGUUUAAGCAUGCCGCAGGGCAAAGAUCAAAUGUUCUACGAUGAGCUGGCAUGGUUACCCAACCAAAGUUGCAUCGGAACUCUCCAGUGCAGAAACCGCUACGGAACUUUAACAUUUUUGCACGCAUCAAUCUUAAUUACUGCACAAUGCUGAAAUCUAAACUUCUAUUGUAUACACACAUGCAUUGAAAACUAGAGCAGCAAUUUGAUAUCGCUGCGUAUACGUGCAUUAAAUCCCAGCCAGGUUACCAUAACAGCAACAGUCCAAUUGGCUGAUGGCGUCAAGUCGAGCUAAUUGUUUUCAAAACAUUGGAACUACUCGCACCCAAAGCCUAUAACAAUGGACUGGAUUUUGGGCAGCGCCACGUAGCACGCUUCAAUUGAAAUGUAAUAUGGAUGAAGCUGUCUAUAAGUUGGAUGCACACAGUGGCGGCAUUGUUAGCGUGUCGCCAGAUGGUGUUGUCCACACAAAGGAUACACUCGCCCGAGAUCAGAUAAUUGCCCAAAAACUCUUGACCAUUUCCAUUGAAGUGAAGAAUGUGCAGUUCAUUUUGGUUACACUGCUGCCGUACAUUAAAUUAAAGCAGUUGAAGCAUAAAAUACAACGCGGCAUGAAUUUUGUAUUUAAAGUAUCGCUGCACGACAAUUUGGGCAACGACAUUGCCUAUGUGAACGGCUUGCAUUAUAGCCUGGCCGCCAAGCAUGUGGUCGAUGCACAGAUUGGCAAUAAUCUGACAAUUGCGGCGAGUCUCGCUCUCGCUCUUGCUCUCUAACGCGCUUUUGAGCCUAAAAGCAAACUUAAAACUUUUCGCCUGUCAUCUGUCUUGACCAGAGACAAAAAAAAAUCUGCUCGUUUAUAUGGAAAUGUUAAGUUUUAACUAUUUUGCUUUUUUGGUGUGUGCCCAAGUUAUUUCAAUUUCAUUUUAACAAGUGAAGCUUGCAACAUCGCUGCAUUUUAAUGCGCUGUGCCCCACACACAGUUCACCUGAAUUUUGAGCAGUCAAAACAAAGUGGCAUAAAAUGAAAACUUAACAGACGCCAAAAAAUAUUUUCGGCAGUGCGUACUACAGUUGCUCUCUUUGAAAUGCGCCUGAGAGCUCUUAACGUUCUAUAAUAACUAAUACAUUUAAUAUUUGUUAAACUA